CGAGGCGGGCCGGGGCGUGUCCUGAGGGGUAUAUAGGCGGCCGGAGGGGUAGGGGUCUGCACUCUGCCGCCGCCGCCCCUGUCUCCAGCAGCUUCUAUGCAAUCCUCGGCCGUCGCCGCUGCCCCCCGCGUCGAGCCCGCGUCGGCCUCCCCGACUAGGAUGGAAGAGGAACUGGCCGCCCCCUCCACCUCCGCCGACAAAGCAGACGGUGUGGAUGUGGAUGGAGAAUCCAAGAAACUGUUGGGUUUAGGACAGAAACACUUGGUAAUGGGGAAUAUUCCAGCUGCUGUUAAUGCAUUCCAGGAAGCUGCAAGCUUACUGGGUAAAAAAUAUGGUGAGACAGCGGAUGAGUGUGCAGAAGCUUUUUUUUAUUAUGGAAAAUCUCUCCUGGAGUUGGCAAGAAUGGAAAAUGGUGUAUUGGGAAAUGCCUUAGAAGGGGUGCAGGUUGAAGAGGAAGGAGAGAAAGCUGAAGACGAUUCCGCCUUACCGGCUGCUGAUGAAGAAGCAAGGGAGGAGUUGAGAGAACAGGUAUAUAACGCCAUGGGGGAAAAAGAAGAGGCCAAAAAGUCUACAGAAGGAGCUCCAGUGCUAACUGAGAAGGAAGUCAAAACGGAGGAUGUGGAAAUGGAAGAUGGGACGGAAGAAAAGCCAAGGGAAGAAGCAACUGCUGACGUGGACGUAAAGGUUGAAGAGGCUAAAGAGAAGGCAGAGGCUUCUGUGGAAAAAGAAUUAAUUUCAGAAGAGCAAAAGCAGCAGAUGGCUGUGGAAAAGACGACUACAAAAGAGGAGGCAGCUGUGGAAGAGAAGGCAGUGGAAAAAGAGCAGAAUACAAAGCAUGAAGAAGAGGUAGCAGAGGCAACUGAGGAGAAGGACAGAAUGACAGAAGUGUCAGACAAGGAACCAAAGGCGGCUGUGGAAGAGGCUAAGUCCACAGAAGCAGCUGUGGAAGAGAAGGGAGAGGCAGGAGAGCAGACAACAGAAGCAACAGAAAAAGAGGCAGCCGUCAAAAAGGGAGAGGCUAUAGAAGGGCAGGCAGAGGCAGCCGUGGAAGAGAAGGCAUUGUCACAAGAAGCGACAGCGAAAGGGCAGGCAGCCGUCACUGCGGAGCAGAAAGAAGCUGCAGAAGGGCAGGCAGAGGCAGCUGAGCAGAAGAAGGUGGAGGAGAAAGAGCCGGUAGAGACGGCUACAGAAGAGAAACCAGCUGAAUCUAAAGAGACAGAGUCCUCAAAGGAACCAGUGCCCACAGAGGGCAACGAACCAUCUAAUGACGUGGAAGAAAAGGCUGAAGUAGCAGCUAAGGUAGAGAAAGAGGAAAAGAAAGAUGACCUGAUGGAAGAGGGUGAAGGUGCUAAGGUAGAAAAAGAAGAGAAAGAUGACCUGAUGGAAGAGGGAGAAGAAACAGAAGAAUCUGAAGAGGAAGAUAAAGAAAAUGAUAAAGCUGAAGAUGAUAAGGAGAAUGAAUUGACAGUGGAAGACAAGUCUUUACAGGAAAGCGAGGAGGAAGAAAUUGGAAAUCUUGAGCUAGCCUGGGACAUGCUGGAGUUAGCGAAAGUCAUCUACAAGAGAAAAGAAACGAAAGAAGCUCAGCUCCAUGCGGCUCAGGCUCAUCUAAAGCUAGGAGAAGUCAGCAUUGAAUCUGAAAACUAUGUGCAGGCUAUAGAGGAGUUUCAGGCCUGUCUGGCCCUGCAGCAGAAAUACCUGGAGGCUCACGACCGCCUGCUUGCCGAAAGCCACUACCAGCUGGCGCUGGCCUACCACUACAACAGCCAGUUCGACGAGGCCGUUCUGCAGUUUGGCAAAUCCGUAGAAGUCAUUGACAAGAGAAUGGCAAUGCUUACUGAACGAAUAAAGAAGGCAGAAAGUGGGUCCCCUGAAGAUGAGAAGGAGAUUGAAGAACUAAAAGGACUUCUCCCUGAAAUCAAAGAAAAGAUAGAGGAUUCAAAGGAGUCUCAAAAGAGCGCAAGAGUAGCUGAGCUGGCACUGAAAGCAACUCUGGUUGGAACUACGUCUGGCUUUGCACAAAGUGAAGACAGUGGUUCGGUUUCCACAAUUCCAGUAAGAAAAGCAGCAGAUGGAGCAUCUCAGUGUGUUACAGACAUCUCUCACCUGGUCAGGAAAAAGAGGAAACCAGAGGAGGAGACUCACCAGGGAGACAAUGAAGCUAAGAAAUCUAAACCAGAACCGGCUGUCAAUGGUGGUGGUGGUGAUGCUGCCCCCAGUGGAAAUGAGGUUGCAGAAAAAAUGGAAGAGGAGACAGAGAAGAGGCCACAAGCAGAAUCAGGGGCUACAGUUGAAAGCACAGUAUGAUAAUUCUUUAACCUUGGACACUCCUCUCCUUACAAGGAAAAUGGUUUUGUAUAUAGUGUAUUUUUUCACUUUUUGGCAACUUUUGUAUGACUUCAAUAAAGAUUGUAA